AUGUUAUUCUCCAAGAAAAAGCACUCUGGAAACCACGCCGUGGUGGAAUUGCCGAAGGAAGCUCUGCGAGAUUCUUUAGUUGCUGCACAAAUCACCUUCAAGCGGUACGCUAACCCCGAUACCAGCGGCACUGAGAGGCCGGGACACUUGCAGGUGGCAUCUGCACCUGUUGUUAAGACCGAGGCAUCUUUGCCAAGGUUAAGGCAUCCUGAACCGAGGACUGUGCGCCAUCAGGACUUAAGGGAAGCGCUUGCCAGCCGUACUGAAAUUGCCUCUGUACCGACGACCCCCCUGGGAGUGGGCCAGCGCGACAUCCAAAGCAGAGCAUCGAAUUUGCCGGGAAAUCUUGCCGCUGCCGAAACUGCUGCGUAUUUGGCCCAUUCAGGCUCAUUUAGCAACAGACCAUCUCCGGUCAACAGCCGAGAUCUGGUCGAUGAUGGGGAAUCUAAGCCGCCGCGUACUCCUUCUGCACUGAGAAGUGAGUUACAGUUAAACAGAGCUAGGAUCCCCCCACCAUCGCAUGAUAUUUCCGAGCGCUCGCGUUCUAUUUCACCGCAGGUAUCUUACUCUACUUCUCUGUCAUCGUCGUCUUCUUUCAUUUCCGAUGAAGAAGACACGUCUUAUAGAGAACGAAGCGUUGACGAGGUGCUUCCUCCAGAGCUCUCCGUUUCUUCCUAUAGUCUCGCAUCCAGGGUCUCGGAAAAGCCCUCUGAAACCUCACAGCAACCGCGAGAAUCGGACUACACUGCAAUGAAUAAACUAAAUGGCGGCAACAUAAUCUACAAGGGCACUCUGCCUGAUCUAAUACCAAGAAGCCAAAGAAAAAUAGGAAAGCCAAGGCUUAAGACCAGGCUUUUAAGAUCUUCGGAUAGCAACGAAUACAACAACAAUUAUCGCCAACAAGAAAGUUUAUCGCGUAUAUACUCGAACCAGCAACAGAACGGUAAGGCGAUUAUAAACACCCAAAAAAAUGUGAAGUUGAAGACUACCAUGAGGCGUGGGAAAUACGCAAUUACGGAAAAUGACGAAACUUUCCCUUAUGAUAAAAGGCCUUCUGAUGUGUCAUCCGAUUCAGAUACUGAUGACGAAUCUGAUUCAAUGAAGAUUGAAAAAAAAAAAAAAAAAAGCCGCCGUUCCAAAUUAAAAAAGGGUUUGAAGACCACGGCAGCUGUAGUGGGAAGCAGCACGUCUGUACUGCCCUUCCCGCGCCACCAUCACCACCACCAUCGCCAACUGCAUAACCCGAGCUCUCACCAUCUGCACACUCAUCAUUACACGAGUCCUCAAAAAUUUAAUGAAGAUAAACCGUGGAAAUCUCAUAGAGACGUUGGGUUUAUCACGGAACAAGAAAGGAAGAGGUACGAAUCCAUGUGGGUUUCUAACAGGUACCUGUAUCUACGCCUGCUACCUUGGUGGCCCACUCUCACUAAUGAAGACAAUGAGCUCAAUCUACAACCAUUGAGUCUACCGCAAGAUGGACUGAUGCUGAAUUUAGUCGUUAAAGAUAUAUGGAAUCGAUCAAACUUACCCACAGACCUUCUCAUACAAAUAUACAACAUGGUGGACACAAGAAAAGAUGGCACCUUGGACAGAAAAUCCUUCAUCGUGGGCAUGUGGCUUGUCGAUCAAUGCCUCUAUGGCCGGAAAUUGACGAAUGAGCUGGACCAGAGAGUCUGGAGUAGCGUGGACAAUCAUAUCCUUGGAGCCAUUAACCCGCAACCAACAACCACUGAUCACCACCACAUUGCUGAUAACGUCCUGGAUAAGCCAUCGAGACUCACCGUACGACAGGAAUUGAAAAACAUUAAACGCGAUCUUAGGAACGUUCGAAUAUGA